AUCCCUAGGAAUAAUGCACAUUGAAAACCAGCAUAUUUGGUAUCAACAAAUUUUUUGUCAAGGCAAUGUAUAUGUACUUACUAGAGUAAGAAAUUGUUCGAGCACCACUACAGUUAAUUUUACCAGAUACUAACACCGUUUCCACAUUACUUCUCACACAAGGUGUUGGGAAAUACGCUGUCCGUGCAGUUCCAUUAACUUCUAGAUACAAACCUUAUCACCCUGGUACAAGGCAUGAUGGGAUAGAUAGCAGGGGACACACCCAGGCUCCCCUGGUGACCUGGGAACAAGAAGACAUGGCCAUAUUUGCAUGGGUGAAGUGCAUGUUGGGACAUAUGGUGGUGGAUUAUUCUGUCUUCCAGGAUGGGAGUUUGCUCUGCAGACUUGUCAACAAGAUUUGUGAAGGAGAGAUGGAUCCAAAGGUUUGGAUGGAGAAGUCCUCUGCAGACAGGAUCUAUAUUGCAAUGGAGACAGUGGAGAGAAAAUUUGGUUUGCCAUGCUUCCUGGAGGUCCAGGCUGUAACCAGAGGACAUGGACAUGAGUCUCUCAGGAACUAUCUGUCCCAACUUAAGAGGAUAGGGGACAUGCAUUUUCAGCAAAAGAAGUGGAGAGAAGAGAAGGAGGCGGAGGCCCGUAGGGAGCGGGAGAGAUGGGAGCGGGUCCACCUGAAAAGGAAGGAGGCUCAGGAGCACAGGAGGAAACUGGAGGACAUGUUUGACAGGCACAAGCAACAGCUGGAGGAACUGGACACAGCUGUGAAGAAAAAGGAGAUGGAGUUAGCCAGGCAGAUGAAUGUCUCCUAUAAUGAGUACAAGAGGCUUAAAAGUCCCAGGCCCAAACCUGAAGAGGUAGUAGAGGGGAAAAGUCCAGAACCAGGGGCUAUCAGAACAAACACAAAACAACAAACAGGACAAGUCCCCAAAACAGACAGCAAUGUUCCAAAGAAAUCCACCUUCAAUACUGUAACUGUGCCAAAACAAAAAUCAGCAGUACACAAAGUUGCAGACACUCCAAAGGUACCUGGUGUAGAAGAGUCAGAUAAAGAGUCAGAGGACAAAGAUCUCAGUGAGGUCACAAGUUCAGCCUCAGGUGAUGACAUAGGGAAAAGUGACGUCACUGACUCCAUGUGGAAUGAAACCCUGAAGAGCUUGUCUAAACUUGCCCUAAGGAGAGAAAAGAAGUCUGUGCUGGGAACCAAACCUUCCAAUUUACCAGAGUGGUCUCCAGACCAAGACCAAUACAGACCUGAAGGUCAGGACGAUGGCAGGAAACAUGUCAGCAUACAACCAUCAACACAGCUGGGAAGAGAAGCAGGCAGUCGCCUGUCUGCAGACAGGGACAGUGGGAAUGAAAGACCCACCAGCAGCUCUCCUGCAUCAAAGUUAUCAGUGGAUAACACAAGUGUGAGGGGUAGUGGACUAUCAGGCUCAGCAAACAACCUACCUACUGGCUACUUCAAAAAUGCAGCUAGGAGAGCUCUGUUCUUUGCCUCCUUGUCUCCAGAGCCUGCUGAUGAACUCAGUGAUGGCUAGACCAUUCUUCUUGUGGAAAGUAGUUAUAAAUGCAGAUGUCUGAUGUGCCAAAC